AUGUGUGAAAGAACAAUAUUGACACCGAAAAAUGUGACAGUUAAUUCUAUCAACCAACAACUACUCCAAAAUAUUCCAGGGAAUCCUUAUAUUUACAAAUCAAUUGAUACAGUUAUCGAUCAAAAUGAAGGUGUCAACUAUCCAACGGAGUUUCUAAAUUCUUUGGAAUUUCCAGGAUUGCUUCCUCACCAACUACAACUUAAAGUUGGAGAUCCUAUAAUGCUUCUACGAAAUAUAGAUAAGCUUAAGCUCUGCAAUGGUACCAGAUUAAUAAUAAAGGCAUUACAGCCUCAUGUCAUUGAAGCACAAAUUCAAACUAGUUGUGGCAAGGGUGAAGAUACUUUUAUUCCUAGGAUACCACUAAUAACAUCAGAGAUGCCGUUUCAGUUUAGGCGCUUACAAUUUCCA